AAAAAAACCACAAGACACGGUGAUAUUUCAAUGUAGACGCGGGCUUACAUCCUGUUUCUAUUCGCCACGAUGUCGACAAGAUUACUUCUCCUUCUUUAUCUGACAGGACACGUAUUUGCCCAAAAAUCACCAGAUGUGGAUUGCUUGGUAGUGAAUCUGGAGUAUAUUUCCUGCACAUGGAAUAAGACCGGGACUCCUGAGGUCAACUACACCUUCUACAGCAAGUUGGGCAAUGACCAAUGGAAAAUAUGCAACCACUAUUUGACAGAGAACAACAUGAACAUUGGAUGUAAUCAGCCAGGAGAUAGAUUCAAAACAUUUAAAACUCGACUGAUAUAUGGCAACAAUAAUUUUGAGAAGAGUCACGAGCUUAAAAAACAAGUCAAGUUAAACCCACCAACCAACCUGACUGUCCUGAAUGGAUCGGACUUUAACCUGUGGUUUUACUGGAACUACACUUCUCCUGCUCCCUUACACUGUGUGGAGAGUGAGGUCCGCUUCAGGACAAACAACAAUAACUGGGAUUUCUCUAAAGUUAGCGCCGGGAUACAGAAAUACUGCAUCAACUUGCCCUCAAGCAGUUCCCGAUAUGAGCUGCAAGUGCGGAACAGAGUAGAUGACACCUGUGGAGAGUCCAUAUUCUGGAGUGACUGGAGUGAGCCUGUGGUCUGGGCAUCCAACAACAGCACAUACUCUGAUGAUUCGAUGUCUCCAUGGACGCCGGUGAUGUAUGUGGUGGGUGCCAUCACUCUCAUCCUGCUGGCCAUGAUAUUACUGCACCAUGAAAGGCUCAGAAUCAUCCUCGUUCCCGUGGUUCCCAAGCCAUCUCCAUUCCUGCAUAACAUCGAGGAUUGGUUUCAGUUCUCCAAGGGCCUGAAAGACAAUUUUAAACCGAACUACAACGAGCGUGCGUGCCCUGUGCGUGAGUACAACUAUGUCUCCCAGUCUGAUGUGGUGAGCUCCGACGGCUCCACCUGCUCUGUCACCACCGACCAAACCGACUGCUCCAUCGAACAAGAUCCAGAAGACCUGUCCGCCCCCAUUCCCUCUAACCCAGUUUCAUCUGAGGAGGUGCAAAAAGCUUCCGUUUAGGAGCCAUGUUUGGAUUUCACAAACAUGAAUCAAAAAACCUCCUGCAUGACUGCAAGAGAUACCUUAAUUUGACUAAAUAAACGGUAUGCCCAAUAGUUACUAUCAGAAGAACCCCAAUAAUUGGUUCAGGAACCUAAUUUGAUCAAUGCUUGUUAUAGAGGUAAAACCAAAGCAUGCGAUUAAGAUUUUAGAAGUAAAUAAAGUUCAUAAAGAGUUUAAUAUGUUUUUAAAAUCCUUCAGCUCAGAAGUAUUUAUGGUUACUCUUGAAAACAUUGUUUAGACUCUAAAUAUUUGACUAAUUGAUGCUUUGAUGUACGCAUAAUCCUUUGUUGACUUCCUACAUGAGCACCAGGAACAAUCCCUCAAACUGGGGUUUUUUUUCAUUUGAAUCAUUUUUUUCUAUUUUUGUUUUCUUUUUAAAGCAGGAACGAUUCUUGAAGUGUUCAUUUGGAGAGACACAGUAUUGUGUCCCGUAAGCUGAGCUGAAAGUAAUUACAUAUUAAUACAUACAAGCCCAACUUUACUCAGUGGAAAGUAAGGAGUUUAACUUAAGUAGUGCAGCUACCACCUCGAGGAAAAGACAAGAUAAGAUAACCUUUAUUAGUCCCACACGUGGGAAAUUUGUUUUGUCAUAGCAGGAAGUGGACAGUGCAAAAGUUAUGAAGUGAAUUGUGGGUUUUCUUAUUGAAAACCCACAAUAAGAAUAAGUAAAGGUCUUUGUGCUUCAGGGCAGCUUACAGUAGCUUUUUUAUUCUACUGUGAAAACUGAGCUUGGAAAUAUUAUUAUAUUUUUGAUAAACAUUCACAUUUUGAGGUUACUGAAAAAAGUGUAGAAAUAUAUACUUACAUACUUUGCUCAAUAAUCUUUUUUGUCACAUGUAAACCGUUAAAACUGUAGAAUAAGCAGGGAACAGCAAACACUCCCUGCAGAUUUGGACAAUUUGAAAACAUGAUAUCUUACUAUUUUUAACCAAACACCUUACUGUUAAUGUUACAGUAUAUGUAUGAAUGAUACAAUCGUUUACGUACUCGCUACGUCCAGAUGAACAGAUUCAACUUUUGGAGACUCGCUAAUAGUGUUAUUGUAAAACUUAUGCCGAAAAUGUUUUGUAACAGACAAACAAAUAGAUGUGUUUGGCCAUCAUUCAUACUCUCCUAAUAUCACACUUUGUCUUUAGUUAACAACCAAAUUAUCAUUUUGUUGAUUUAAAAAAAAAAUCUUUUUAUCAUUUUUAUAAACAUGUGUAACUGCUGUGCUCUUUCUAAGGGUUUAAAAACAUUGAAAAACAAUAAUUUUCUCUACCUGUAUACAAAUAUAACUUCAAUGAUAUCUAUUUAAAACAAUUUUGUUGUACUUUUUCUUUGCCUUAAUGUUUUUUGUUACCUUUAUUUUUGUGUCAUAUAUAUUUUUUGCUAGCUUGCACAUUACCUCUCUCUGGCCCUUGUACGUCUCUACUUCUGUUUUUAAAAAAUAAAUAAAUAAAUACAAAUAAUGUGU